CGCGCCUCGUCGCGUUCAGGGUCAUGGACUUCUCUCACCAACACUCGUCACAGAUAUACGUACUGGCUGCGUGUCGGAACGACGACUCGGAUCUCAUUGCUGUGGGCGGAGAGCACUCUGUGGAAGUCCUGUUAGUGGGAAAGACCUCUUGCGAGCAAAUAGCUUUAUUUCACAUUGGGACCAGAACAACAGCUUUGGCAUGGUCGUCACGCUCGAUAUCUCCAACGUUGAGUGAUGACUGGUUUGUCGAGCUUGCAGCUGCUGGAAGUGAUUUCUCUCUUGUCCAACUUACAAGAUCAUCCAAAAAAGAUGAAAACAUCUUUCAUUUUGGGGGAGGCCUUAGUGGCCACCACGGAAAAAUCACCGACAUGUCUUUUUGCGGUGGAAAUGGGGAAGACAGUGCGCGUUACGUUGCGACAGUCUCAGACGACAAAAUGAUGGUGGUCUGGGAUCUCUAUCCCACCCACUCCGUGCGCAGCCCUCGAUCUUCGGUUGGCAGCGAUGCCUCUUCUUCAUCUCAUCGGCCACAACCGACUGCUUAUGUUAUUGCUUUCCCUCAUCCCUUGACCUCUAUCGACUCGCACCCGUCCUCCAGUAAAGAAUUCUUGGUUGCAGACUGCCGUGGCUCCAUCUUCUUGACAGAUUGGCGCUCAGACCCAGAUAAUGUCCAUGAACUCUGGCGUCACCAAAGUUUAGUCGAAUUAAGUGAUCCUCACGCGCUGUCAGACUCGAUGAUGGGCCUUUCUGUUCAUCUUUCUGCAUCCGCUGCCUGGAGAAGGGAUACGCCUGAUAUCAUCGGAGCUGUUUACGGGUCUAGAUUUUCGCUGUGGGAUACCUCAAAGAUUUACGGCGGAAAACCCUUUGUCUCGGACGUUAGCUUUUCGCAGGGUGGCCAUCAAUUCCGGUGGUGCUAUACCUAUCCAGAGUUUUUCGCGAUUUCUACUCAAUCACCGCUCAAGGGUGCUGUCAUACACGUUUACAACACUGGUUAUGUGCAUGCACAGCCAACCAUGUUUGAAAUCAGCUCAAGGCCUCACUUUGUUCGGGACUUUGACUUUGUAGCAUCACGCGGGAUCCCUCGUCUGGCAGCUGCGGUUGGGCGGUCUGUUGUUAUAUUCCCGAUAGGUGUCGAAUCAUAGACCUAAUACACCGAAUAUUCACCCUGAGCGGGAACGUUGAGAA